AUGGACAGCGCGGCCGGCCCCGCCUUCGCCCCGGACAAGCCGGCGCUAGGCCCGGGGCCGCCGCCGCCGCCGCCCGCGCUGGGGCCGGGCGACUGCGCCCAGGCGCGCAAGAACUUCACGGUCAGCCACCUCCUGGACCUGGAGGAGGUGGCGGCGGCCGGGCGGCUGGCGGCGCGCCCCGCGCCCAGGGCCGAGGCGCGGGAGGGCACGGCGCGCGAGCCGUCCGGGGGCAGCAGCGGCAGCGAGGCGGCGCCGCAGGACGGUGAGUGCCCCAGUCCCGGGCGCAGCAGCGCCGCCAAGCGGAAGAAGAAGCAGCGGCGGAACCGCACCACGUUCAACAGCAGCCAGCUGCAGGCGCUGGAGCGUGUGUUCGAGCGCACGCACUACCCCGACGCCUUCGUGCGGGAGGAGCUGGCCCGGCGGGUCAACCUCAGCGAGGCGCGCGUCCAGGUCUGGUUUCAGAACCGCCGGGCCAAGUUCCGCAGAAACGAGCGGGCCAUGCUGGCCAACCGCUCGGCCUCGCUGCUCAAGUCCUACAGUCAGGAGGCCGCCAUCGAGCAACCGGUGGCUCCCCGGCCCACCACGCUGAGCCCGGACUAUCUCUCCUGGACAGCCUCGUCCCCCUACAGCACGGUGCCGCCCUACAGCCCUGGAGGCUCAGGCCCCGCGACCCCGGGGGUCAACAUGGCCAACAGCAUCGCCAGUCUCCGUCUCAAGGCCAAGGAGUUCAGCCUGCAUCACAGCCAGGUGCCCACCGUGAACUGACAGCCGGCUCCGCCAGGAUCCCAGUGCCUCCCUGGUCUGAUGACAACAGAAAAGAGGGCAGACACGCGGGAAAGUGACCUUCUCCUGCCCCCUGUCUCCAGGACAGGCUGGCUGGGCUCUCCUGGCCCUUCUCUGCAGCCCAGAUUCCUGGGCCCAAGAGGCUGCUGAGACGCCUGGAGCCUGGCUCAGCCCCUCAUUCCCGGCCGCUGGAGACUUCGGCCCCUGAUCCUUGGAGGGGCUGGGCCAGAAGGUGGAAUAGCAGCUCACCGAGGACCUCACUUACUUGGUGUAUGAAAGCCAAAAAGCUGUUGUCUGUAAGAAAUAAAAAAAAGAAGAAAUUG